AUGGCAGCCUCAUCACAAUCCACCUCAUUGCAUCACCAGUUUCUCAACACAACCACCGUCCAGAAUGGCACAAACGAUAUUGAAACAGUUUAUACAGAAGAAGCACUUCCAAAUCUUACUUCAUUCAUGGAGAACAAAGAUGAGAACGAGGAAGAUCAAAAGUCCACAGCCAACCGGAGCUCUAUCAUUCUGGCAUUGGACUCUAGUCAUGAGAAGCCAGAAGGGCUUACCAGCAGAAACUACUUCAUAGGGUUCUCUUGCACCAUAGGUGCUGGUUUGUUGUUUUCUUUGUACUUACCAGUGAUGGAGAAGAUCUACAAGAGGGUGUACUGCUACCAGAUGGUGAUGGAAAUGCAGCUCAUAAUGGAGAUUGCAGCAACAGCCUUGGCCACUGUAGGCAUGGCAUGGGACGGAGGGUUUUCUGACAUGAAGGAGGAGGCUGAAAGGGUUUUCGACAAGGGAACAACCGCUUAUUGGGUAACUGUUAUAUCAACUGUCGUGACAUGGCAAUGUUGCUUUAUGGGAACUGCAGGAAUGGUUUUUCUGACAUCUUCACUCACUGGAGGGAUUUGCUCCACAGCUUUGCUGUCCAUAAAUGUGUUGGGUGGGGUGCUGGUUUAUAAAGAUGCCUUUGGAGGUUUUAAGGCUGUGUCAACUGUUUUGUGCAUUUGGGGCUUCUGCUCAUAUGUCUACGGCAUGUACAUCAAACUGAAGAAAAAUAAGAGUGAAAAUGAAAGGAGAAGCACCAGUAGUGGAUCUUCCACUGAGUUGAUCCCCAGGAGGAACCCUGAUGAAACUAUUUGA